AGAGUGGGUCUGUUCAGGAGCAGCACCGCGGACAGCUCCCAGCCUCGCCCUCUUAUCGAGCUGUAAUAAUAAUCCCAACAUCGCGCCUUGUUAUCAUCAGGAGACGCCUCUGAUUAAAUAUGAAACCUCCAGGAUGUCUGUGAUCCGUCAUUCUUCUCUGACAGGCGGCUCCUCCCCACCUCAGCAGCCUCGUCGCUCUCCUCCGCUCACUUUCUCUUCCGGGGUGCCGCUGCUCGAUCCUCCCUCCGGCUGGAAGAUGUCGCAUCCGAGCGCGUCCAGCAGCUGAGACCCGGUGGAUGCAGACAUGUCGCAGGGAUGUUGAAAAUGGCUGGAUGAUGAUGAUGAUGAUGAUGAUGAUGAUAAUGGUGAUGAUGAUGCCCCGUGUUUGUUGGUAUCCGGCAGUCUUCGGGUCCCAUCCUGCAGCCUGAUGUAAUGAAGGCUGUUGUAACAGCGUAGGUGUUGACAAGCCCCGUGCGUGAAGGGCUGUGGGAGAGAUCAGAGUUAAACAUCCAGCGGAGACCAAGAUGCUACAAGGCUCAAAUGUCUUGGGGCACGAGCGGCCUCUGGUCAUCAGAGUAUCGUUCUCCUCCUGUGUUCUGGGCACCGUGCUCCUGCCUCUCUUUGGGCUGAUCACGUGUGUCUUCAUAUCCUCGGUUUUCCAUUUUGAUGACUCCACCGGUACACAUUGCCAGGUUCCUAAUUACCUGCCGUCUAUCAGUGCCUCCAUUAGUCUCAGUCCUGAGUGUCACAUAUGGCGGUUCUGCAUCGGGCUGCACUCGGCGCCCAGGUUCCUGGUGGCGUUCACCUACUUCAGAUUUUACAAGGCACGUUUUGCAUCGAAGUUCCCUGAGAGUCCGCUCAGCUGUUUGAACCUGGCCUUUUCUAUUUUGGAGAACCUCGGCCUCUUGCUCCUCACAUAUGUAUCAUCCAGUGAAACGUACUUUGUUCAUAAGGAAGGUUUUGUCCUCUUUAUUAUCAGCUCACUCAUCUACAUGUCGAUAACCUGCCGUUUAUGGAAGGCCAUUAAGAAGUAUUCAUUAAGUCCUGAGGAUGCAAAGUCUCACCACUGGAAAGUGCGUUUCUUACUUCUCAACGUAUCCUUCUGUGCUUUUGCCGGAUUCUUUUAUUGGAAACACAACAUGUACUGUGAAUCAGGAAGUUAUACGCUUUUUGCCCUGUUUGAGUAUCUCGUGGUCUUCUCCAACAUGGCCUUCCAUCUCACAGCAGUGUGGGACUUUAAGAGCCGUGAGGUCAUGGUCAUUUCGUCCUCUGAAGAUAAAGAAUUCUGACUAGAAACUGAAGGACUUGGUGCUAAUUGUACAACCACUCAACCACCUGAUCAUGAUAGCCUUGAUCCUGCAGAAGAGGAAGACUGGGAUGGCCUUUUCCAUAUAUUUCCAUGAUAUCGGCUCUCAAGGCCUUAGGGGCUGUCAAAUAUGAAGUCAAGAUAGGCAUAUGUUCUACUGUGUGGUCUAUUCUAAGCACUUUUUUUGUUUUGCUUAAUUCAUUGAUGCCUUUACCUACAGUACAUGCUGUAUUUUAUGUAAUGUGAAAUUUCAACUUUUGUACAAUGUACAACAAAAACGUGUGGUCAUACUGUGUGUGCCAAAGUAAAGUGACAGUUCAAGUA